AUGUCGCAGUCCAAGGACUACGACGACAAACAUGACCAGACGAGCUCUGUCGAGAAGGGCGUCGUCCACGACUAUGUCGUUACGGAUACCGACAACCGCUACCACUUCGACGCGGCCGACCUUGACCGCGUCCAGCGGAAACUCAAGCAGCGUCAUGUCCAGAUGAUUGCGAUCGCUGGUACCCUCGGUACUGGUCUUUUCCUUGGUUCAGGGCACUCGCUUCAAGCCGCAGGACCGCUAGGCGCACUAAUUGCAUAUGCCCUCGUCGGCACCGCCGCCUACUCCUCCCUCUGCGCUAUCGGAGAGAUGACUUCGCAUGCGCCCAUUUCUGGUACCUUCCCUCAUUUUGCUGCGCGGUGGGUUGACCCCGCGUUUGGUUUCGCUGUUGGCUGGAACUACUUCUAUACCAACGCCAUCUCUGUACCCGUCGAGAUCACUGCUGCCGGUAUCCUCCUUACCUUCUGGGACGCCGAUAACAACCAUCAAGCCGCCUACACUGCUGCUAUUUGCGUCUUGGUCUGCGCUAUCAACAUUUUGGGAGUACGAUGGUUCGGUGAAUCGGAAUUCGUUUUCUCGAUCAUCAAGCUCCUCCUGAUCACGAUCCUCAUCAUCACUGGACUCGUGAUUGACCUCGGAGGUGGCCCCAAGCACGAUCGUCUUGGCUUCCGCGUGAGGCUUCUUGCCGUUGAUAUCGCCCCUGGACGCAGGUCUCGUUACUGGAAGAACCCUGGACCGCUUAAUGGCGCCGGGCUCGUACCGCAGCACAAGUCUCUUGACCAGUUCCUUGGUAUCCUUUCGGUGAUUGUGCAGGCGGCGUUCUCGUUCCAGGGUAUGGAGCUUGUCGCAAUUGCUGCGUCCGAGACGAUCAGCCCCCGCCGUAACAUCGCGAAGGCCGUUCGCCGUGUGUUCUGGCGUAUUUUGCUCUUCUACAUGCUCGGUGUCCUCAUCACCGGCAUGCUCGUACCAUACAACGACGAUUCGCUGCUGCAUUCGACCGGCACGGCCGCCGAGUCACCAUACGUUAUUGCCAUGACCCGUGCUGGUAUCAAGGUUCUUCCCCACAUCAUCAAUGCCGCUAUCUUCACCUCCGCCUUCUCCGCCGGCAACUCCUACCUGUUCUGCGCAUCCCGUGUCCUUUACGGUCUCGCGCUCCGUGGUCAGGCACCCAAGAUCUUCACCUACUGCACCAAGGGCGGUCUCCCUCUCGCUGCCGUCCUCGGUUCCAGUGUCUUCGCUCUCCUCUCGUUCAUGAACGUCGCGAGCGGUGCGGCAACCGUCUUCAACUGGUUCGUCAACUUGUCCACCGUUGGCGGUUUCUUCGGCUGGCUGUCGAUGAACAUCACCUACGUCUUCUUCUACCGCGGCAUGCGUGCGCAAGGUCUCGACCGCACAAAGCUCAUCUACCACAGCAAGCUGCAGCCCUACCUCGCGUACUGGGGUAUCGGCUGGAUCACCUUCUUCAUCCUCAUCAACGGCUUCGCCGUCUUCUGGGACUUCAACGCCGCUGGCUUCCUCACGGCCUACCUCAACAUCCCCCUGUUCUUCAUCCUGUACUUCUCGUACAAGAUCAUCAAGCGCACGAAGAUCUGGAAGCCCCAUGAAAUGGACUUCGUCACCGGUAUCCCCACUGUUGAGGAGACUGAGGUCCCCGAAGAGCCCCCAAGGACCUUCGGCGAAAAGGUGUUCAACAUCUUGUUCUGA